GUGGGAAAGAGAAUCGGGAACGAGGGAAAAGAGGGCCUGCCUUCACCUGCAGCAGAAUUCCCCAACCCACCAACGAUUUGAGACCCAUCAGCUAUCCUCACCUGGUUUAGCCGGCCGGUUGAAGCCGUUGCUUGGAUCCUGGCCUCUGUUGCAUGCUGGCAGCUUCUGGAAGCCACAGGACUUCUUCUCAGCCCAUUCUGAGGAAAGCGAUGGAGAAGACAAGUCAGAAUUUCAGGGGAGGGAGCAACUUUCAUUUCACUAGAAAAAACCAUUAUAAUGUGUGAAAUGUGGAAUAUGCUUCACUGAAUGAGCACACAUAGCUCACAUCUCAAAAAGGGGAGAAACCGUUUAAAGCUAUGGAGAAUGGAAAGAGUUUAACUGAUAGUGGAACACUUAGAGCACAUCAAGGUACUCACAUGGGCAAGAAAAGAUUCCAAUGCAAGGAGUCUGGAAAGAGGGGAAACCUCAAUAUACAUCAGCGGACUCACACAGGAGAGAAACUAUAUAAAUGUAUGGAGUGUGGAAAGAGCUUUAGUAAUAGUGGAAGCCUUAGACAACAUCAACGGACUCACACAGGAGAGAAACCAUAUGAAUGUAUGGAGUGUGGAAAGCAUUUUAGUGAUAAUGGAAACCUUAGAAGACACCAACGGAUUCACACAGGAGAGAAACCAUAUGAAUGUAUGGAGUGCGGAAAGAGUUUUAGUGAUAAUGGAAACCUUAGAAGACACCAACGGGUUCACACAGGGGAGAAACCUUUUAAAUGCAUGGAGUGUGGAAAGAGCUUCAGUUGGAGUGGACACCUCAAUAGUCAUCUACAGACUCACACGGGAGAAAAACCAUAUAAAUGCAUGGAGUGCGGAAAGAGCUUCAAUUUAAAUGCGUCCCUUAGAAGACACCAACGGAAUCACACAGGAGAGAAACCAUAUAAAUGUAUGGAGUGUGGAAAGAGUUUCAGUCACAGUGGACAAUUCAACAUACAUCUAGAGACUCACACAGGGGAGAAGCCAUUUAAAUGCAUGGAGUGUGGAAAGAGCUUCAGUUUAAAUGCAAACCUUAGAAGCCAUCAACGGACUCACACGGGUGAAAAACCAUAUAAAUGUAUGGAGUGUGGAAAGAGCUUUAGUGAUAAUGGAAACUUUGGAAAACAUCAACGGACUCACACAGGAGAGAAACCAUAUAAAUGCAUGGAGUGUGGAAAGAACUUCAGUAGGAGUAGACAACUCAAUAGACAUCUACAGAUUCACACAGGGGAGAAGCCAUUUAAAUGCAUAGAGUGUGGAAAGAGCUUCAGUUUCAAUGAGUCCCUUAGAAGACACCAACGGACUCACACAGGAGAGAAACCAUAUAAAUGUAUGGAGUGUGGAAAGAGUUUUAGUGAUAAUGGAAACUUUGGAAAACAUCAACGGACUCACACAGGAGAGAAACCAUAUAAAUGCAUGGAGUGUGGAAAGAACUUCAGUAGGAGUAGACAACUCAAUAGACAUCUACAGAUUCACACAGGGGAGAAGCCAUUUAAAUGCAUGGAGUGUGGAAAGAGCUUCAGUUUCAAUGAGUCCCUUAGAAGACAUCAACGGACUCACACAGGAGAGAAACCAUAUAAAUGUAUGGAUUGCGGAAAGUGCUUUAGUGAGAAUGGAAAGCUUAGAAGACAUCAACGGGUUCACACAGGGGAGAAACCUUUUAAAUGCAUGGAGUGCGAAAAAAGCUUCAGUCAGAGUGGAAACCUUAAAUUACACCAGCGAACUCACAUGGGAGAAAAACCAUAUGAUUGCAUGGAGUGUGGAAAAAGCUUCCGUUUCAAUGCAAGACUUAAAACACAUCAACGGACUCACACAGGAGAGAAACCAUUUAAGUGCAUGGAGUGUGGAAAGAGCUUCUGUCAGAGUGGACAACUAAAUAUACACCUACAGAUUCACACAGGAGAGAAACCAUUUAAAUGUAUGGAGUGUGGAAAGAGUUUUAGUGAUAAUGGAAACCUUAGAAGACACCAACGGACUCACACAGGAGAGAAACCAUAUAAAUGUAUGGAGUGUGGAAAGAGUUUUAGUGAUAAUGGAAACCUUAGACAACAUCAACGGACUCACACAGGAGAAAAACCAUAUAAAUGCAUGGAGUGUGGAAAGAGCUUCAGUUGGACUGGACAACUCAGUAUUCAUCUACAGACUCACACGGGCGAAAAACCAUUUAAAUGCAUGGAGUGCGAAAAAAGCUUCAGUCAGAGUGGAGACCUUAAAUUACACCAGCGAACUCACACGGGAGAAAAACCAUAUGAAUGCAUGGAGUGUGGAAAAAGCUUCCGUUUCAAUGCAAGACUUAAAACACAUCAACGGACUCACACAGGAGAGAAACCAUUUAAAUGCAUGGAGUGUGGAAAGGGCUUCUGUCAGAGUGGACAACUCAAUAUACACCUACAGAUUCACACAGGGGAGAAACCUUUUAAAUGCAUGGAGUGCGGAAAAAGCUUCAGCUUAAAUGCAAAGCUUAGAAGCCAUCAACGGACUCACACAGGAGAGAAACCAUAUAAAUGUAUGGAGUGUGGAAAGAGUUUCAGUCACAGUGGUCACCUCAAUAUACAUCUACAGACUCACACAGGAGAGAAACCGUAUAAAUGUAUGGAGUGUGGGAAGAGCUUCAGUCAGAGUGGACAACUUAGAGGACAUCUUCAGACUCAUACAGGAGAGAAACCAUUUAAAUGCAUGGAGUGUGGGAAGAGCUUCAGUUUAAAUUCAAACCUUAGAAGCCAUCAACGGACUCACACGGGUGAAAAACCAUAUAAAUGUAUGGAGUGUGGAAAGAGUUUUAGUGGUAAUACAAACCUUAGAAAACAUCAACGGACUCACACAGGAGAGAAACCAUAUAAAUGUAUGGAGUGUGGAAAGAGUUUCAGUUACAGUGGACACCUCAAUAGACAUCUACGGACUCAUACAGGGGAGAAACCAUAUAAAUGCAUGGAGUGUGGAAAGAACUUCAGUCACAGUAGACAACUCAAUAGACAUCUACAGAUUCACACAGGGGAGGAACCAUAUAAAUGCAUGGAGUGCGAAAAGAGCUUCAGUUUCAAUGAGUCCCUUAGAAGACACCAACGGACUCACACAGGAGAGAAACCAUAUAAAUGUAUGGAGUGUGGAAAGAGUUUUAGUGAUAAUGGAAACCUUAGACAACAUCAACGGACUCACACAGGAGAAAAACCAUAUAAAUGUAUGGAGUGUGGAAAGAGUUUCAGUCACAGUGGAAAUCUUAGAAAACAUCAGCAGACACACGGGAAAGAAACCAUAUAAAUGUAUGGCAUGUGGAAGGAACUUCAGUCAGAGGGGAGCCCUUGAUUUAAGUCAAGAAACUAACACAAGAGACAAACCAUACAAAUGUCAGGAAAGUAGAUAGAGGGUCAGUCCUAGUGGAAGUCCUAUAUCAACAGACUCUUGAGCAGGAAGAACUUUUAUAGUUUAACCGUACAAACCCAUCAACAACUCAAGAGGAGAAGCAGUUUAAAUGGAAAGAUUUGCAGAAAGUGCUUUUGUUAUAAUGGAGUGUUUAAGAAACAUCUUGGGACUCUCACAGGGGAGAACCCAUUUAGAUAUAUGGAACUAGUGGAAUUCAGCCCGUUUAGUAAACGGGCGCUAGCUGGGCGGGAACAGAGGGGAAGCCCUGGGACGGCGCAGGCGUCGCCUCCACCAGCGGGGAUGUGCGUGGAAGACCCCAGGCUCCACCUGGGUGGUUUGCUGUGGCGGCGGGUGGGCGGUUUGUGUGUGUGUGUGUGUGUGUGUGUGUGUGUGUGAGAGAGAGAGAGAGAGAGAGAGAGAGAAGUGAGCGGGGCUUUUCUGGGAUGUGCCGCCUGCGCGAGCUAAGUGCGCAUUGCAGCCAGGCUGGUGGCAAGUUUGCACUCAGGGUCACUGUGGAAUAGGGAGGACUGAAUGUAUUGGGGGUGGGAAGGGUGGGGGGGUUGUGUGUGUGUGCGGUAUGUGUGUGGAGAGAGAUGUGGUGGUCAAGCCACUCCGGCUCCAGCCUCUUAUCAAAAGGUUGCUGUGGAUCCCGUUUCCCUAAGCAACACCCAAUAAAAGCCUCCAUAAAAAAUAAAAAUAAAAUAAAAGCACAGCCGAGAGAGGGGCAGACGCAGACGGCUUUCUCUCCCCUUCGCCCCAAAUGCUUUAAUUUCCCCUCAAACGCGGCCUGUCUGGACGGAGGAAUCGAGGCUCUCGUUCGCUCGCUCGGCUUUGUGGGCGUUGUAGUUUCCCUUUCCCUCCUCCCUGCGCGGUAUUAGAGACGGCUGUGUCGGGACGGGGGGUGGGUGGGCCGUGGCGGGCCAGGAG